AUGCGACUCGACGGGAUCCAGAUGGAACUGAAAUCCAUCUAACUAGGGAUGGACUCGGUUCGGGCCGGACCCGGUUCAGGCCUUGAACCGGUCAGGCCUCGAUUCAAGUUUUUGCAGGCUCCGUGUCAAUCUCAUUGGGAUGCAGCAUUGCGGGUGGUCCGCUAUUUAAAAAGCUCUCCAGGACAAGGUAUUCUUAUGCAUGCUAAUAGUGAUCUUUCCCUCACUGGUUGGUGUGGCUCUGAUUAGAUUGGCUGUCCAAUUACUAGACGGUCUUUAUCUGGUUGGCUAGUCUUUCUUGGUCACUCGUCUGUCUCCUGGAAAACUAAAAAGCAAUCAAUUAUGUCUCGUUCUUCGCCAGAAGCUGAGUAUCAUGCUAUGGCUGCUGCGACAUGGGACCUCAAAUGGCUCAAGGCUUUACUACUAAGUCUCGGUGUUCAUCACCGCAAAGUCAUUCCUCUUUUUUUGUGAUAGUCAGUCUGCUUUGCAUAUUGUUAGGAACCCGGUUUUUCAUGAACGCACGUAACAUAUUGAAGUGGACUGUCAUUUUGUUCGUAAUGUUAUCAAGGAUGGACUUAUCUCUCCCAGUUAUGUUCCUAUGACUGUGCAGGUCUCGGAUAUUUUGACUAAAGCUCUUGGGAAGACACAAUUUCAUUAUCUCUUAUGCAAGUUGGGCAUUUUAAACCUCAUGCUCCAACUUGAGGAGCAGGGGAUAUGGGAUCAAUUCUAUUUUUGGAUGGGAAAUAUUCUAGCCUUAACGGCAGUAGCUUUAUUAGUAUAUAUGUAUGCACCAGCGAACAUAUGUAAUACAAGACUCAUAUUAUUAUUCUUUCCCAAAUCAGUUUAUUGGCAGAAGCUGUGGCGGCGGGAGGUGGUGAAUGGGAUGUUAUGGGCGUCGGGCGGUGCAGCUGUGCUGGUGCGAAAAUUGAAACAUUUUUGGGCUACCACCGACGACGAUUCAUAUGCUUUUCUGGAAAGAAUGAAAGAAACAAAUAAAGAAAUGAAUUGGAAAGAGCAUAUACCGGUAGGAGGAGACCAUCGAAGAAGAAGCCAACCGGAAAAGAAGAAAGGAUAAAAGAAAGAAGGAAAUGCUCAACAACAUAGAGAAUCGUCAUUUAAAUCGUCAGUGGUACAAAAUAGAGAAUCGUCAUUUAAAUCGUUCGAAUUACUAGUUCCAAAUUACUAAAAGGAGAUAAUCUGUUGAUCAUGUAUUAAAAAUAUGAUUAUUCAUUUGAACAAAGAAAAUAUGCUUAUAAAUGCUAAUGGAAAACCAUAGCCACAUUUAUAUCUAUACUACAUAGGUUUUGGUUCAAAUAAGAACACAAUCUUACGAAAGAAAUGAGAAUGAAUCUGGACCGUUAGAUUUGCUUUAAAUAAAU